AACCCUGCCGCUCCUCUCCGCACUCCCGGUCGGGCGAGUCGCGAGCAAAGGCGCGCGGAUCUGCAGUGUCUGGACGAGAUUCCCCCGGGAAGCGUCGCGGUCCCGGCGGCAGCCGCCCCAGCGCAGGUGGACCCUGCACUUCGAACCCUCCAACCGCCGCCCCUCCCCCCGGGGGUCCCGAGCUAGCGGAUGGGAGGCACGGCUCGCGGGCCGGGGCAGAAGGAUGCGGGGCCGCCCGGAGCCGGACUCCCGCCCCAGCAGCGGAGAUUGGGGGAUGGUGUCUAUGAUACCUUCAUGAUGAUAGAUGAAACCAAAUGCCCACCCUGUUCAAAUGUACUCUGCAAUCCUUCUGAACCGCCUCUGCCCAGAAGACUAAAUAUCACUGCUGAGCAGUUAACCAGAGAUCACACUCAGCACUUUCUGAGUGGAGGUGAGGUGAAGGUAGAACAGCUGUUUCAAGAAUUUGGCAACAGAAGAUCUGAUACUCUUCAGACAGAUGGUAUCAACGACUCUGAAAAGUGCUCUCCUACCGCCUCUCAGGGUAAAAGUUCAGAUACCUCGAAUGCGGUGAAAGCCAGCAGUUCAGCCAAAACGUCCAAAGCGGUGCCCCUGACUCCCGAGCAAGCCCUGAAGCAGUACAAACACCACCUGACUGCCUACGAGAAGCUGGAGAUCGUCAACUACCCCGAGAUUUACUUCGUGGGCCCAAAUGCCAAAAAAAGACACGGAGUGAUCGGCGGGCCCAAUAACGGUGGCUAUGACGAUGCAGACGGGGCCUAUAUUCACGUGCCUCGCGACCAUCUAGCUUAUCGAUACGAGGUGCUGAAGAUUAUCGGCAAGGGAAGUUUUGGGCAGGUGGCCCGGGUCUACGAUCACAAACUUCGACAGUACGUAGCCCUGAAGAUGGUGCGCAAUGAAAAACGCUUCCAUCGGCAAGCCGCUGAGGAGAUCCGGAUUCUGGAGCAUCUUAAAAAGCAGGACAAAACUGGGAGCAUGAAUGUCAUCCACAUGCUGGAAAGUUUCACCUUCCGGAACCACGUUUGCAUGGCCUUUGAAUUGCUGAGCAUAGACCUUUAUGAGCUCAUUAAAAAAAACAAGUUUCAGGGUUUUAGCGUCCAGUUAGUUCGCAAGUUUGCCCAAUCCAUCUUGCAGUCCUUGGAUGCUCUCCACAAAAAUAAGAUCAUUCACUGUGACCUGAAGCCAGAAAACAUUCUCCUAAAGCACCACGGGCGCAGUGCGACCAAGGUCAUUGACUUCGGGUCCAGCUGUUUCGAAUACCAGAAGCUUUACACGUACAUCCAGUCUCGGUUCUACAGAGCUCCCGAGAUCAUCUUAGGAAGCCGCUACAGCACGCCUAUAGACAUAUGGAGUUUUGGCUGCAUCCUUGCAGAACUUCUAACAGGACAGCCUCUCUUCCCGGGAGAGGAUGAGGGAGACCAGUUGGCCUGUAUGAUGGAGCUGCUCGGGAUGCCACCACCAAAACUUCUGGAGCAAUCCAAACGUGCCAAGUACUUCAUUAACUCCAAGGGCCUACCUCGCUACUGUUCUGUGACUACUCAGGCAGAUGGGAGGGUUGUGCUUGUGGGGGGUCGCUCACGUAGGGGGAAAAAGCGGGGCCCCCCAGGCAGCAAAGACUGGGUGACAGCACUGAAGGGAUGUGAUGACUACUUGUUUAUAGAGUUUUUGAAAAGGUGCCUUCAAUGGGACCCCUCUGCCCGUUUGACCCCAGCUCAAGCACUGAGACAUCCUUGGAUUAGUAAGUCUGUGCCCAGACCCAUCACCAUUGAAAAGGUAUCAGGCAAACGGGUGGUAAAUCCUGCAAACGCUUUCCAGGGACUGGGUUCCAAGCUGCCUCCAGUUGUCGGAAUAGCCAAUAAGCUUAAAGCUAACUUAAUGUCUGAAACCAGUGGUGGUAUACCUCUGUGCAGUGUACUGCCAAAACUCAUUAGCUAAUGGACAGUGCUGUGCUCAGAGAUGUAUAUGUUUGUAUUUUUAAUUAUCUUGCAGACCUGAACAUGGGGGAAAAAAUACAGGCCCAUUGGUGGAUAUGUUUUUGUUAGACUAGAUUUUUUUUUUAACAAGGCAAAACAUUUUUAUAUGACUGUAACAGAACUCUUCAAGGGCUAAUUACCUAACCAGCCUGUGUUGGCCGUCCUGGAAUGUACAUUAAAUGACUUUUUAUAGGUCA